AUGUCUGAUUUAUCGGCUCAACUAUCUGCUUUCAAAAACAAGAUAAAAAGCGGACCCUCUGUGGCUGUUGCAAGGAAACCCACUGUAGCCAAACCGCUGUCUCCGCUUGCAUCUCAAGUAUCACCAGGCAGGUCCAAGUAUGAUACAAGCAGAAGCGAAGCCAAGCGGCCGACACCAACCGACUCGAUGACUGAGCUCUUCAAAAAACAGAAAACCACAUUCGGCGACGGUUCGGGUUUUUCAGGCUCCCACUUGUCCACACAGCUACAUCUAGCAGUGGAGUACAUCAAGGAGCAAGACCGCCCCGUUAGCAUCCACCAGUUGCAAAGCUCGUUAUCGUUUGAUAUUGGAAACACCUUGUUCCCGCUCUUGAGAGAAAUAGACCGGGUCAAGUAUGACGACUCUAAAAAGACGUUUGAGUACGUAUCACUCCACAACAUUAAAUCGACAGACGAUUUGCUUGAAUUCUUGCGCAAGCAAACCACGUCCAAGGGCAUAUCUGUUAAGGAGAUAAAAGACGGCUGGGCAGGUUGUCUCCAGGCAAUAGACGAACUUGAAGCAGAUCACAAAAUCUUGGUGCUUCGCAACAAAAAGGAAAACGCACCUCGAUUGGUAUGGGCCAACGCUGGCAGUGAGCUCGGGUCCGUGAGCGACGAGUUCAAGGAAAUGUGGGUCGCCGUGAAAUUGCCCGAGCCCGAUGAGCUAUACCAGAAAUUGAUUGACCAGGGCUUGAAGCCCACUGGCGCAGACCCUUCUUUGCUAGCGAAGAAGCCACAGCAGCAGGAAAAGAAGCAGAAGAAAGCACGCAGAGGCAAGAUCACCAAUACCCACAUGAAAGGUAUAUUGAAGGAUUACUCUCAGCUAGUAUGA